CUAUUUCCUGCUCCUAAUUCGGCACAAAGAACUUCUCGUCUUGGAAUACCUGGUAAUUCUCGUGAAAGACAGAAGGUAGUUCUAUCCCCAGGACAUUCACCUUUAGAUUGGGCCAAUCUAAAUUCCAAGACUCCAAAGCAUGUGCUACGUGGAGUGGUUGAAUCGACUCCGCCGCCUCAGUAUGUACGAGUUUCGAAGGACGAGUUGAAGAAUCACAAGACUAGGCAAGACUGUUGGACUUCCAUUAAUGGAAAGGUUUUCAACAUCACUCCGUAUGUAGACUUCCAUCCAGGGGGAGUCGAUGAGAUCAUGAAAUGUGCUGGCCGCGACGGAACAGCUCUUUUCAACAAAUACCACAGUUGGGUCAGCGCUGAUAGGAUGCUUGAGAACUGUAUGAUAGGAAUCCUUUCCAGCGGGUAG